GUGGGGAGGAGGCUCGGAAAUCGAAUCAUAGAACUUGGAUCGGUGCUGCGUAAGCCGGAGGAACAAGCAGCACGGAUUUUGAUGAGCGAUCAUCGUUUGCGGGCGAUCAAUUUUGCUGGGCCGUCACACAGAUCGGAUCCAAGUCUCCUCUUCCUAACAAGGGUUGUGUAGUGAGUCGCCUGGAGUGUGCGACCGUCCUCUUAAGAGAACGUCGAUUCAGCCCGCCUGGCCGUUUGAUUCCAUCGCAGCGUGCUGUUCGCGAACGAGGCGUGGUCCAGAGUUCAUGGUGGGCUGCGGGCUUCAAGGUUGCGAGGUGGAAACGUGGGUAGGCCAGCCCAAUCAGCGCCGGUCGUCGUCCAGGUGCCAAGUGCGAUUAAUCUUCGGUGGUGUCUCUCCUUUCGAUCAUCAAAAAAGACAAGCAUGGUGAUGAGACACACCCCGAAGGAUUUCGCAACAUGCCCUCCUUGGCUCCUUGACUGCACGGCCUGUCUGCUAAGAUUGGAGCCUUUUUUUCGCCCUUUUCUCCUGCUGAGUGACCGAUAAUGAGUGUUACCACAGUCCUACAUCCUGUGCAGCAUCCGUCAAUUGGGUCCCUGAAGCAACAGCCCCAAAUGAACCUCCCCAGCUCAGAUGGCACCUUGGACAAGUUCCCGGCUCUUGAUGACGAAUCCCACAGAACGCCCGCCGACGCCGACGUCCCUCUUCCAGCGAGUAAUUUUAGAUAUUCUCCGGAACCUUUUUGGCUGCCACGAAAAAAUGGGACUCUAUCCCAUGGCUUUCCAAGCUCGCGAAAACAGCGACCCCGGAAGAGCAUCAGUGAGGCUAUCGGGUCGUUCAAGAAGAGGAGUGCAAGCGUUAGCGUGAAUGCACAGGAACUGGCAGAGGCCCUGAAGGCGCCUGUCUCCUACAGACUCAUUGGACUCUGCAUCGUGUGGUACAUGACAUCCGCGCUCACGAACACUUCGUCGAAAGAAAUCCUCAACGCCCUCCCAAAACCUAUCACCCUCACUAUUGUCCAGUUCGGCUUCGUUUCGACAUGUUGUCUUCUUCUCUCAUACCUGGCGUCGGUCUUUCCGACGUUAAGAUCCACCGUCCCGGCGCUGAAGAAUGGAAUCCGAUAUCCAACCCUCGAGGUCAUCUCUACCGCUCUUCCCCUAGCUCUUUUUCAGCUUGCAGGCCAUAUCCUAAGCUCCAUGGCGACCUCCCAGAUCCCAGUUUCCCUUGUACACACAAUUAAAGGCCUCUCUCCGCUAUUCACCGUUCUCGCCUAUCGCGUCUUGUUCCGAAUUCGCUAUGCACGCGCUACCUAUCUCUCGCUCGUCCCACUCACGAUGGGCGUGAUGCUUGCCUGCUCUGCCGGCUUCUCGACCAACUUCUUCGGCAUUCUCUGUGCGUUUUGCGCCGCGCUCGUGUUUGUUUCUCAGAAUAUAUUCUCCAAGAAGCUUUUCAACGAAUCCUCUCGCAUUGAGGCGGAAGGCCAGGCGCUCACCGGCCGGAAGCUGGAUAAGCUCAAUCUCCUGUGCUAUUGCUCCGGUUUAGCGUUUUUCCUGACGGCUCCUAUUUGGUUCUUCUCCGAGGGUUACCCUCUUCUCAUGGACCUUCUUCAGGACGGCGCGAUUGACCUUACGGAAAAGAAGGGUAGCCUGGACCAUGGACCGCUAAUUCUAGAAUUUAUUUUCAACGGGAUGUCACAUUUCGCUCAAAAUAUCCUUGCCUUUGUGCUUUUAUCGAUGAUCUCGCCGGUAUCCUAUUCCGUCGCGUCGUUGAUCAAGCGAGUCUUUGUCGUCGUGGUUGCGAUUGUCUGGUUCGGAAAUGCCACUACGCCCAUCCAGGCAUUUGGAAUUGGGCUUACGUUUGUCGGCUUAUACUUGUAUGACCGCAACAGCCACGAAGAUGCCGCAGAUCGACGCGCGAAUGCGGACCAUUUUCACACCAAGAAAACUAUACUUCCACUGAGCGUGAGAAACACCAACAACAACAAGGGCUGGAGUUCUAAUGGCUAUGCGUUUCCUCCCAUCAAGGAAGGCUCCCCAGAAAACACACAGGGGUAUAUCUCAGCUUCAACUGGCAAUUUCAAAAAGGACGAUAGCGGACCCAACGGACGCCCACGAAAGAGCAGCGCUGUUCGGCCGUGGAUGCCACCGGGUACAAAACAAGAAUCCACAUGGUAGCCUGGUGAUUCCGCCAAAACACACCCGCAGUAUGUUUCGUGAUGUUCAUCAAUUACGUUGUAUGUGUAUACAAAGGUCGGCGUUCAAAGGACGGCAAGGGAAGGUUUCGGGCCAUCACGAUGAAAGGCGUUGACGAUGGUGGCAUGAAUCCGGAUUUGAUUAAUACG